AUGGCAUUUGGUACCAACAAGAUGGAGCUCCGCCUCAUUAAGGAGUUGACCUGCGUCGGUCCAAACACGAAGACAACUAUAGCAAUCCUAAACUGCCUGCUGGCCAGACAGCUGUGCUUCGAGGAUGCCUCCUGUUCCGCCAUCUUAGAAAUCAUACCCAGAGUCUGCGGUCCUGAAGUCGUGGCUUGCUCCACGGUGACCGUGACGAAAUGCCAGGCGGCUCUGCGCACGCUGCAGGCCUUCCCCUUCUUCAAACCCACCUGCCUUUGCCGAGAGCCGCACGUGGAUCCCGAAUGCAACUCCUUCAGGGACUUCCUGUUCGAUCAUCCCUGUGUGUUUGUCAUGAAGAAAGAAAAGGACCCUUACCCGGUAGACGCCCUGCCGACGUGCAACCACGCUCUCUCAGUCUGCCAGCAGGAAGAGAAAUGUAUCCGGCUCUACGAGGACUUCAAAGCCAACUGCAAGGUGCGAGAUAACAGAUGUCGCAUGGACGACAGAGACCUCUGCUACGAGUCAUGGACCAAUCUGCGAAAGUCGCCCAUGUUCGGCUGCAUCUGCCCCAACAACCACAUGAAGAAGAGGUGUGACCGCAUCUUCAGCAUGGUGAACCACAACCCCUGCGUAGGUGAGUCCUUCUUCAUAGCCUCUCUCAACAUUUCAGUAAAGGUCAUUUCAGCUUCAGACAAUACGUCUGCCUCGUAUGACGACGAUCUAGGCAAUGCCGUAGUUGAAAACCCGCUGGUAGACGCGGUCAACGGUCAAGAGGCUCACGCUGGCUUCGACCACAUCAGCGUGAGCGUCUUAAAGAACAGAGAAAAAACUUCUAGCUAUAACAUCCACCGGCAAUACCCGGAGGACGUGGACGGAGCACCCUUAGAACCACCCGUGCAUCACCAAAAGUACCCAAGUAGCACCGAUUUUUAGAUAUCCGAGACCAACGAGGUGGAGAAAAUGGUGUUCCAGAGCACCUGCCACACGUCGAUGAACAGCUGCAACAACCACUACCACUGUCGGAUGCUGCUGGCGCCGAUUUUACAUCACUGCGACAUGUCACGCUGCAACAGAAAUUCGUGUAUGGAGGCCCUACAGGCUUUCUACGGCAAGCCAGACUUCCCUUGGAACGUCGAGAUCGCCUUUUGUCUCUGCAAGAAAACCGACAACAAACAGGAUGCCUGCCUGAUAGCGCAAGAAAAACUCCACCCUGUCUGCGCCCAGAGGAUCGAGGAGUCCCCCCAGCCCACCUGCCUGCACCUGGCCGAGGUUUGCCGGGAGAACAAGGACUGUCGAGCAAAACUGGAGUACUACGAGCAGUCCUGUGCAGUGGACAGCGUCACCAAGAAAUGUGCUGGGUCUCCCACCGAAUGUAGAGCGGCCAUAUUAGGAAUUCUUGGCACUGAUUUAAGGACCACUUGUGCCUGCAAAGGCACGGAUAUGACCCAGUUGUACGACUGCCUUGGCUGGCAAAGACUUCUAUGGGUUAACCCAUGUGUAGUGGAAUCCCAGAAGAACUUCCAUAUGAAAAAAGCCGCCGAACAGGCCAAACUGACGACUCGGGCUCCAACUAGAGCGACGCUCCCGGCGUUAAGAACCCGGCCCACCCCCGCUCAUUUCAUCACUAUCAUGGCGGCAACAGAAGCUUCUCUGCAGACGAGAGUCAACACCAUAGCCGAAUUCGUACCGCCUCCACAAGCGUUUGUCCCUACCACCACUAUCGCGACCACCACCACGACUACUACCACCACCACGACGCGGCCUCCGACCACCAGGAGGACCAGACCGACGACUACUACCACGACCAUGCCACCAAGAUCGUGCGUUGUUCAAAGGCCUCCUUUUCCAAACCAGUUCAUCAGAGAAGGUUCUUUCAAACGGAUCUACCACGAAGACGAGUUCGAGUGCUCCGACGUCUGCGAGUGCGAGAUAGGCGAGAAACUGUCCUGCAGGACCAUCUGCAUCGACAGGAUGCCCUGCAAGACGGAGUUUGCCUUCUACAACCACGCAGCGCCAGCUUACCAAGCUUUUCGAGGAAGGUGCCUCUGCUACUCGGGUAGGUUCAUAUGCAUGAAGCCGUUGCCCACCGACUACACUCUGCCGCAAGGGAUCUUCUUUUUCCUGGGGUACAGCGAAGUAGACGAAAGAGAGCUCAAUAGGAACCACACUGUGGUGGUCAUCCAGGACAUCGUCAGGGUCCUCCAAAAGAUUCUAGAGGAAGAGGCUAUCAAUGGGACUUACUGCAAUCUAGAAUUCUUCAAUGCCACGCGAGAAAAUGUGAUCCUAAUAGCGAGGCUUUCAGAAGGAAUAGACUACGCUAAAGAGUCGCCAGUGGAGAUUUUGGCAAAGGAAAAGGAGGAAUGUGUGGAGCUGCUGGAGGUGAUAAGCGAGAGGAUAAACUCCAGACACCCGGACUUCAUGUCCCACCUGCUCCUGUCCAUAUUCAAGAUGGCGGAGGUGGAGAUAAUCCAGAUAGAGCCGGUGUCGUCGUCGUGCGGCUUGCACCUGCAGCUCCACGUGUUGCUGGUGACGGUGCUGCUCACAAAACUCACCCACCACCUGACGAUGACCCCAUCGUGA